UUUCGCAACUCCAUCCUCUCCGCGAAUAUCCGUCGUUCGGUCGUCCGAACGGAACGUCCACCCGUACUUAAGACGAGACGCGCGCGCCAUGAGAGUUACACCACGCUCCUUUCUCCUUCUCUGACGAGAGACGGGCGUUUCGGAGCAUUUCCGCGAUCGGGUGUCACUGCGUCGGUAGGCGAAACUCGUGGGUGUUUCAUACACGAAACACCUAUGGACCGAGCUGCACGCACACGCGAUCGCAGAACCAUUCGACACUUGGCGAGUAACGUAGGGCAUGGCAAGCUCAUGCUUCAGUGAUGUGGACGAAUAUGGUUUCGAGCGACCACACGAUUUCGAUUAUGAAACUUACGAAGAUUUUAUGUCCGAGUAUCUCAAAGUACUUGCAAAGAUGGCUAAAAAAUGGGCAAAAAUUAUUGGCGAGGGCAAGUCUCUACAACGAAGCAUUACAAUAAAGAAAUAUGUUCGUAAAGGCAUUCCAGGAGAACACAGAGGAUUGGUAUGGCUCGCUGUAAGCGGUGGAGAAGAUCUGAAGAAUGAGUCACCAGAUUUUUAUCAAAAGUUAUUAUUGUCCCCUCACAAUGCAGAAACUGCUGAGAUUAUUAAAACUGAUCUCCCAAGAACAUUUCCAGACAAUAUAUUCUUUAAUAACACAGAAAAUCAACAGCAUCAAUUAUAUAAUAUAUUGUUGGCUUUUGCUCAUCAAAAUAAAACUGUAGGAUAUUGCCAGGGUUUAAACUACAUAGCAGGUUUACUUUUGCUUGUAACAAAAAGCGAAGAAACAGCAUUUUGGUUAUUAAAAGUAUUGAUCGAUAAAAUCCUACCAGAUUAUUAUACAUGUACUAUGGAUGGUCUACUUACCGAUAUUGAUGUUCUCGCAGAAUUAGUAAGGAUAAAAAUGCCUGAUGUGUAUCAACAUGUGACAAAUAUAGGACUACCUUGGCCAGUAAUUACAACUAAAUGGUUUGUGUGUUUAUUUGCUGAAGUUUUACCUAUAGAGACUACUCUACGUAUUUGGGAUUGUCUCUUCUACGAAGGUACUAAGAUUAUCUUCCGCGUCGCGUUGACGCUUAUAAAAAGGAACAGAUCCAAUCUGUUAGCUUGCCAAGAUUUUACAACAUUAGCCGAAUGUUUUAAGGAUAUAACGAAAGAUAGUAUUGUUUUACGAUGUCAUGAAUUUAUGCAGAGUAUUUUUAAAGUACCUGGAUCACUGCCUGGGAGCACAAUAGCAAAAUUAAGAACGAAAAUAAUGCAACAACGUGCAAAACGAAAACAAGACAAGUUGGAGCGAUAGUAUUAAUGAUUGAGAUUCCACGUACACCGAAAUAUUCUAGUCGUUGUUGAUAUUCGUUUAUAUCUUCUGCAAAAUGGAUGCAUAUAAAGUUGUAUUAUAUUGUUACUGCAUAAUUAUUAUAUUCUAUUGCUGUACAUACAAUUUGUUUAUUUAAUAAUGUAAGUAUGAUAUAUUUACUCAAUCAGUCUAAGUUUAUCUUAGUUUACUAUUGUAUAUACGUAAAAAAAAA